AUGGGCCAGUCUUCCACCACGGCCGGGGCGGUAGUUUGGGGCUCCUCCGAGCAUGGCCAGUUGGGUCUGGGCAGUUUGCCCGCCGAGGAUCGGGCGGUGGCCCCUCGGCUGUUGGAGGGACUCCGUGCGGUGCCCGUGAAGCAGGUGGUUUGCGGUGCCAACUUCUCUGGAGCCGUGACCGAGGGCGGCGAGGUCUACAUGUGGGGCUAUGGCAAGGAUGGCCAGCUCGGCCAUGGCGACACCAAGGACGUGCACAUGCCGCGAGCUUUGCGGUCUUUGCAGUCGAAGGUCAUCCGCAGCGUCUCCUGCGGGGAGCACCAUGCGGCAGCUGUGUCGGAAGGAGGGGCGCUCUUCACUUGGGGCCGAGGCCAAAAUGGUCGCCUGGGACACGGCUCAACAGACAACGAGCUGCUCCCGAAGGCCGUGGAGUUGCUGAGCGGCCACGCGGUGGCUUCCGUGGCCUGCGGCGAGUUCCACACUGCGUGCGUUCUGCAAAGUGCUCCGCACGUCUACACUUGGGGCCUGGGCCUCUCCGGGCGCCUGGGACACGGCGACGAAUCCGACAGGUACUCGCCUUCCUUUGUGGAGGCUUUUACCGGGAUGCAGAUCUUUGCACUGGCUUGCGGCGGCCACCACACGGCAGCAGUUGGCGAGCAGUGCCAGGUGAUGACCUGGGGAGGAGGAGCUUUUGGCAAGCUGGGCCACGGCAAUCGGCUCGCACAAACAACGCCCAAGGUGGUCAUCGCCUUGCAAGGCAAGCGUGUGGUGCAGGUGGCCCUUGGACCCCACCAUUCCGCUGCCUUGACCCAGCGAGGGGAGGUCUUCACCUGGGGCCAGGCCGGCCGCCUUGGCCACGCCUCACAGGGAGCUGAGGUCGAUGAGAUGCUUCCGCGGCAGGUCGCCGCGUUGUCUCAUGUGGCCGUUGCCCAGAUCUCCUGCGGCCACAGCCACUGCGCAGCCGUCACGGAAACUGGAGAUGUCUGGGCAUGGGGCAGCGCCAGGACCUAUGGCCACACAGAGCCUGGUGCCUAUCCCAAUGUCCCGACCAUGAUCAAGGUGCUCACGGGGAAGGCCAUUGUACACGUGGCCUGCGGCGUGUCCCACAACAUUGCGCUGUCCGAUUACCGCCGGCUGCAGGCCCGCGCUGGACACCGAGGUGGCAGGUCGGACGGCGAAGAUCGACUCCGAAGCACACCGGACGGGAAGAAGGAGGCGCUGGAGUCGCGGCCAGCCGUGACGCUGAAAGGGCUAAUGCUGGAUACGACAAUACACAAAGCGCCCUGGGACGAGGGGGGCGAGCGCGAUGGCAGCCCCUUGUCCUCGCAGAAGGAGACAGCCUUCCUGAACUCAGAGCUGAAGAGUUACCAGGAGCAGACUCUUCGGCUUGCGAAGUUGCUUCAAGAGACGAGGACGAAGCUGGAGACCCUCCAGAACGAGAACUCCUUCCUGAAGAGUGAGCUUGAAGUGAUGCAUCAAUGCUCCAACGACGCAGAUGAAAGGCUGGAUACCCUCCGGCGGCACUUCAACGAGCGCCUCCGGGAAAUGGAGCGGCGCUACAACGACAAGGAAAGAUCCUGGCGGGAGACUUUCAGCCGGCUCCGCUCUCACCUCGGCGUGGGCGCUGUCGCCGAGCCUUCCCAUGAGGAGGACGACACGCCUGGGCUUGCCAUGCUGGAGGAGGAGGUGCAGAACCAAGAGCCGACCGCACCUGCUUCUGGCGAGGCCGCGGGCGCUGCUGCCGCAGCUGCCGUCACGGCCAUGGGCAGCGGAGCGCGCCUCGCAGCCCCGGAGACUGCGGUGCCAGCCGAGGCUGGCGCAUCGACGCAAGCGGCGGGCGCAGGUGCCACGUCGGGGGCCCGCAGCCGAAGCUCUGGUCUCGGUGCGCUCUUUACCGGGGGUCCGACUGCGCCAUGA